AUGAAAAUUAACAUAAAUUUUCAAAAAUCUACAUUAAAACUAUUAUUUAUCAACUAAAUAAGUACAUUCAUAGUCAAGAAUUUUAAAUUAAAUCCUUAUCACUCCUUUUUUAUCUAUAUUUCUUUAGAUGACGAAAAUGUAUCAGAGUUAGAAAUUAUUGAAGGAAUUAGAUUAAUAUAUAUCAGUAUUUUUGAGGUUUAACCAUUAAGAAUAACCUCUAAAGUUUGA